CAGGCAAAUGUUAGGGAUUCCCGUAAUUUAUUUGGUCCGAUGCAUUUGGUCCCAGUUAACAGUGACGCCGCUUUCCACUGCUGUCAACAAUUCCAGCUUUUCCAGCCUACAAGAGGAGAGGGAAAACGGGAUGGUUGUCUCAGAAACCGUGGCGAAGGAAGAGGGUGAACUGGACACCUGGGAUUACAAGCAUUAUUUUGCCAUAAACGACUGAAUGGACAUCAUGUUUAGGUUUUAAAAAAGGACUGCGGAACUCGUUUUCUGGCGAGAAGCCCUAGAAUUUUCACUUACCCGGUACUUGUAACUGGUAUUAAGUGUUGGGCAGCUAGGUGCAAUUUGAUCUGACGUUAGUUUGGCAAAAAUCUGAGAUUUCAUGCGAGGUCUCACUGAAACGUCAAAGUAAAUAGCUUACUUUUCGACCGACUGUUCAGCACCACAAAUACCGGAUCGAAGUAAAUUGGCUCGCUUAGUUGGACACUUCUGUGGGAUCGGUGAACAAUAUUCGUAGGACCUCCAUACUGAAAGUGGAGUUUAAAUAACGGAGACUAUUAUUAACCCCUUUCUGGGGUCACGACGCCACCAUUUCCGGGUUUGUGAGCGUUGUGAGAGUGGAGCGGGACGCAGGAGCGAGGAGCGGGGCUGUGUCGGUGUCCAUACCCGGACUGAUCGGGGGCAGCAUGGCUGGGAAGGGGUCUGAGAAGGCGUCGCUGUUACAGAACGAACGAGUUCGAUUCAUCUUCUGCUUCCUUGGAGUUUUUGUGUGUUACUUUUACUAUGGCAUAUUGCAAGAAACAAUCACUAGGGGGAAGUACGGCGAGGGGGACGCGCGGGAGAAGUUCAGAUAUGCCACCACGCUCGUCUUCAUUCAGUGCAUCAUCAAUGCUGCCUUCGCCAAGUGCUUGAUUCAGUUCUUUGAGAGGCCCAAGGCGGACCACACUAGGAGCUGGCUCUACGCGGCGUGCUCGCUCUCUUACCUGGGAGCCAUGGUGUCCAGCAACUCUGCCCUGCUGUAUGUCAACUACCCCACUCAGGUGUUGGGGAAAUCCUGUAAACCGAUCCCAGUGAUGAUCCUGGGCGUGACGAUCCUGCGGAAGAAGUACCCGAUGGCCAAGUACCUGUGCGUGCUCCUGAUCGUCAGCGGCGUGGCGCUCUUCCUGUACAAGCCCAACAAGGGCGCCGCCGCCGCCGAGGAGCACCUGUUCGGCUUCGGGGAGGCGCUGCUGCUGCUGUCCCUGACGCUGGACGGGCUGACGGGCGUGUCCCAGGACCACAUGCGCGGCCGAUACCAGACCAGCCCCAACCACAUGAUGCUCAACAUCAACCUGUGGUCCACCCUGUGGCUGGGGAUGGCAAUUCUGUGGACGGGAGAAUUGUGGGAGUUCCUGAGCUUCACUGACCGCUAUCCGAGCAUCCUCUACAACAUCCUGCUCUUCGGACUCACCAGCGCCCUGGGACAGACUUUCAUCUUCAUGACGGUGGUGUACUUCGGGCCGCUCACCUGCUCCAUCGUCACCACGACGCGCAAGUUCUUCACCAUCCUGGGCUCGGUGCUGCUCUUCGGGAACGUCAUCACCUCCGUGCAGUGGGUCGGCACCGUCCUGGUCUUCCUGGGUCUGGGACUGGACGCCAAGUUCGGGAAAGUGCCCAAGAAGACCACACACUGAGUCCCUGCUCCUGUGUGGGCCCCAGUCACACUACAGACAGAUUGACAAACCGCCAGACAGACAGACAAGACAAGACGGACAGACAGAUGCAAUCCUGUCCUCAUCUUUCCAUUCCAGAGGAGUCACUCAACACUUCCAACCUCAACACCGGACCUCCGCACCUUGCGCAGACGCUAAGCAACGUAGCGUGUCAGCCGCUUUCCCUGCUUUCUGACUGGAAACCGCUGCAACCUCCGCCAGCUCAGUGUCCCAUCAGCAG